UUCGUUCCGUCGUGUUGCGAUUGCGAGUAUGUGUGGAAUUCUCGUUGUUUAUUAUCAGUUAUCGUACAUUUAUUUGUAACUUUUUAUCAUGGACAAGAUUUUGAGUUAGUUGCGCUUGCUUUAGUGUUAUUUUGUGUCGCAUCGGAGUUCGUACAUUGUGCCUUUACUGUGGGAAACUAGGAUCCAUUGAUGGAUAUCUGAGAUUGUGCUCUUGGCUGGGAGGAAGAUGACGGUUUUUAUCACCGAUAGUGUUAUGUUUGCCGUGUAAUAGUGUUCCUUAUUCACGAUGAGUACGGCUGCCAGGUUGGCGAAGGUCUCGUUGAAGCCUAUCGAAGUUCCCAAGGCUUUGCAGGAGGGAGAGAAAUUCGUAAAGUGGGAUGAGGACUCGGGAACUGGUCUGCCGGUCACUCUGCGCGUGGACCCCAAUGGCUUCUUCUUGUACUGGACGGAUCAGAAUAUGGAGGUGGACAUGCUGGACAUGGCUUCCAUUAGGGAUGUCCGAACUGGAGUUUACGCUAAGCUUCCUAAGGACCAAAAGAUCAGAAACGUCGUGCUGAUAGGAGCACAGGGUUCGCUGGAGGAGAAGACCGUCACCGUGUGCCAUGGCGCAGACUUCGUCAACGUGACCUUCGUCAACUUCUGCUGCACGAGAAAGGACAUAGCACAAAUGUGGACAGAAGAGCUGUUCAAGCUGGCUUACAACCUCAACCAGUUCAACAACCCGACCAUCAAGUUCCUGGAGAAGCUGCACACGAAGAUCGUCCUCAGAGCUGAUAAGUCUGGAAAAAUUCUAGUUAAAAACAUCGUCGGUCUCUUCGCCCAGAACAAAGAAGGAAAGAAGAGGGUAGAGAAGGCACUAAGUGAGUCCGGCCUGCCCACGGGAAAGAACGACACAAUCAGCCAGACCAAGUUCCAGUUUGAAGACUUCUUCGCCUUCUACAAGAGCCUGACGCAACGCACCGAAGUCCAGAAGAUCUUUAACAAUCUCACCGACGGCAAGCCGCACCUGUCCGCCAACCAGUUGGUCGACUUCCUCAACGAAGUACAACGCGACCCCCGACUGAACGAGAUCCUGCAUCCGUACGCCGACAUCCAGCGGGCGAGAGACCUCAUAAAAGCUUACGAGCACAAUAAGUACCACCAGCAGAGAUCGCAAUUAACUUUCGAUGGAUUUUUAAGGUUUCUAAUGUCAGAAGACAACCCGAUAGUCGCGCCGAACAAACUAGACCUCUGUGACGACAUGGAGCAACCGUUGGCGCACUACUUCAUAAACAGUUCUCACAACACCUACCUCACUGGGCAUCAGAUCACGGGCAAGUCUAGCGUGGAGAUCUACAGGCAGGGACUACUGGCCGGCUGCAGGUGCGUGGAACUAGACUUCUGGAACGGUCGGACCGAAGAGCCCGUGAUCGUCCACGGCUACACGUUUGUACCUGAGAUCAGCGCGAAGGAGGUCCUGGAAGCUAUCGCCGAAAGUGCCUUCAAGACGUCCGACUUCCCUGUCAUACUUAGUUUCGAGAACCACUGCAACCCAAGACAGCAGGCCAAAAUCGCCAACUACUGCAGGGAUAUAUUCGGAGAGAUGCUCCUCGAUAAACCUCUAGAUUCACAUCAACUUGAACCAGGAGGGGAGCUGCCACCACCGUCGAUGCUCAAAAACAAGAUAAUAAUAAAGAACAAAAAGAAACAUCACCAUCAUCACAAGAAGGAGGAAGUCGUUGUCAAUGAAGAGAGCGAGAAAUUAGAACAAGUGCCUCAAGGCAACGGCGAAGUCGCGCACGGAUCGCUGGUGCGGCAAGGGUCCAAGGACUCGACGUCGUCAUCGGAGUCCGAGAGCUCGAGCGAGGAGGAGGGCGGCGGCGAGGCGGAGGGCGGCGCGGCGGAGGAGGCGCGCGAGACGCACGCGGCGGCCGAGAUCUCCGCGCUUGUCAACUACGUGCAGCCCGUGCACUUCUCCUCCUUCGAGAACGCGGAAAAGAAGAACCGCUUCUACGAGAUGUCAUCGUUCGACGAGAAGCAAGCCACCACUCUGCUGAAGGAGCGGCCCAUCGAGUUCGUGAACUAUAACAAGCACCAGCUGUCGAGGGUGUACCCCGCGGGGACUCGGUUCGACUCCUCAAACUUUAUGCCACAGGUGUUCUGGAAUGCGGGCUGCCAGCUGGUGGCGCUGAACUAUCAGACGCUGGACCUGGCGAUGCAGCUCAACCUGGGCACCUUCGAGUACAACCGUCGCUGCGGGUAUCUACUCAAACCUGAGUUUAUGAGGAGGAAGGAUCGCCGACUGGACCCAUUUGCCGAGAGCACAGUAGACGGCAUCAUCGCCGGGUCGCUGUCAGUGAGCGUGAUGUCCGGGCAACUGUUGACGGACAAGCGGACAGGCACCUACGUCGAGGUGGACAUGUUCGGACUGCCGGCGGACACAGUCCGGAAGAAGUUCCGGACGAAAGUUGUGCAGAGCAACGGCAUCAACCCCGUUUAUGAAGAUGAGCCGUUUGUAUUCAAGAAGGUAGUGCUCCCUGAGCUGGCGAUGCUCCGAAUAGCGGCGCACGAGGAGAGUGGUCGGCUGCUGGGGCACCGCGUGCUGCCCGUGCUGGGCCUGUGCCCCGGCUACCGCCACGUGGGGCUGCGCACCGAGCUGGGCCUGCCGCUGUCCGCCAGCCUGCUGCUGCACGUGCAAGUCAAGGACUACGUACCAGACCGGCUGUCGGAGCUUGCGGAAGCUUUGGCAAACCCAAUCAAGUACCAGAGCGAGAUGGACAAGCGGACACAGCAACUGGCUGUGUUGACGGAUGACACGGACGAGCCCAGCGUGCCUUUUCCCACGCCUGUGCCCACUUGCCCACGCGAUCGGCCAUCUAGUGGUAUGGAUGUCAGUCCAAAAAAUGUUGGCAUGGCGACUGAGAACACAAAAAAUGAUGCGGAGACACAAAACACUGAAGCGAAUGAAAAAGAGCCUCAAAAGGAUGUCGAAACUAAAUACAACGGUGGAACCACUGAAGAGAAGCCAGAUGAAUCGCUGGAAACAUUGUUGAGCAGCAAAGUGGUUAAAGAGAAGAGGGCGGAAUUGGAGCGGAAGUUGGAUGCACUGCGGCGGAAAAACGCGCGGACCAAGCCGGUGUCUGCCAAGUUCUUUGUGAAGAGGCUGUCGACGCGGAACAUGAGUGAACCAUCGGUCCCGGGAGAAGAGACAGGCGCUAACACCGCGGCAGAUGAGAGGGAGCUGCGUCUUCGCUACCAUCACACGAUCUAUGCGGCGCUCGAGAAGAUUCUGCGCAACGAGCAGCAACAGCAAAUGAAGGCGCUCUCUGAUUCGCUGGAAGUUCGGAAGAAAGAGACGCUAAACAAACUGGCGAAUCUGCGCAAGGAGGACGUCAAAGCAUUAGCCAAAACUACUAAUAAGGACGAAAUUCUGAGGAGAAAGAGAGAAAUACAUUCGCAGUCUGUGGUUCGCGGCGUGGCGGAGUGUUCGCGGUUAGAGCUGGAGCACGCGCAGCGCCGCGAGCAGCUGGCGCGUGCUCACGAGCGCAUGCGUGCUGCGCUGCAGCUGCAUCGCGAUCAGGAGUUAUUGGAGCUGGAGCGGCUGUGCGGCGGCGCUCCGGAGGGCUAGGCCGCUCGCUCGAGCGCGCCCGGCGGCAGCGAGCCGCAAGUGUUAAUUUCCUUUAGGAAUCUGUGAUAUUACCUCCUAAGGAGCGAAGCGGGGCCUUCGCCGACUCUCGUCUCCGCAAUCUCAUAGCUUUAGUUCGUUUUCGUAGUUUUUAAUACUUACCUUGAGCGUUGUGACGUGUACGUUAUCGGAUUUAAGCAUCGACUCAUUAGGGCGUUUGUGGACUCAUUCGGAUUUAAUUAGUAUUCGUUUUUGUAAAAAUACGAUUCGUUGUGCCCGUCAUACAAAACGUAUAUUAUACGCUUGUGCCCUCAUUUGAUUCAUAUUUUGACAGACCCAUAUAAAUAAGAACCCAAUUAGUGCACGAGCGUACGUAAAUUUUGUGUCGCGAUCAUUAGGAACCGUAUUUUUACGAAAACAAAUACGAAUCGAAUACGAAUGAGUGCACAACCAAGACUACCAAUCGCUAAGAAAAGUACAACAAAGCGUUCGAAAGCUGUUGAAAAACUCAUUCUUUUAAAGUUACUUCAUUACAGUAAGCAGUUUUAAUUGCACGCAAAAAUAAUAAAACUGACCAAAAAAUAUGCAUUGAGCAUUCUUGAAUACUUUUUGAGCGUGAUUGUGGGUCUUGGGUAGACUGAGUCAAUGUAAGGUAAAGACAGACUGGUCCCACGUAUGCAACGUACACUUGACCCAAAAAAGGCAACGUACGUUUUCUAAUGGAUUUACACGUACUGAAAGUACGCCAGAAUUCAAAAGAAAAUAUACGUACGUCAGGAUCUAGGAACACAGUCUUAUGCGUGAAAUAUUGUACGAUAUUGAACAUCACGGGCAUAGGAUUACAUUUCGUACUAUGUUUUAAAUCCAUAUGUAUAAAAUCAAGCGUCCAGAUGUCAUAAGGAGUUGCAUCCGGUGUGGUCGUUGAUUUAGUCUAUCUUUACUUUUACUUGUAUAUUUACAAAAAAUACGGAAGUUGGGGUGGAAACGGUCCAGGGCUUAAUCAUAAAUUACUGCGGGUAUCAUCCAGUAUCCUUAGUACAGGUUUGCGCAUCUCGAUAACGUUGAUAGAUUUCGAGAAUCCAAUCAUGUGUGUAUAAAAUGGACCUAAAUCGCCUAAAUCCCCUUGUUUCAAAGUUACAUUUAGUAUUUACGAAUUUGAACCUUAAAAUAAUGUGGUUUAGGUCCAUUUUCAUGUCAUAGUGUUUAUUAUAACCUUAUCUAGAUGUGCAAACUCAUACAAUAUAAUUCUACGUACGUUCUAACGUAUUACUACUAUUAGAGAUGCUGUAAGAAAAAGAUAUAUUUCAUACAAAAGCCAUCUGAGAAAUCCCGGUUCUAAAUCGCUCAGGACCGCUCUUGCCUUGAUUUCUGUGUGUUUAGUGCUUAAAUCUACGAUAAAUUCGUAUAAAGAUUUUCGCCCACUAUACGGGUAACAAAUUAAAAAAUAUACACAAUUUAUUCUUCGUCCAAUUUACUCACUAUACUCCUUUAUACCUACUGUUUUCUAUUUUACAGAUUUAUUUAGUCUGCUCUCUAUCGCAUCUAACCGAUUACCGAUGUAAAAGUACACUUUUGUACUGUUAUAUUGUAUAUAUCGAAUAUCGAUAUGAA